AUGGCUGUACCAUUCAGCAUCGGCAAGAUCUUCGACUCCGCGACGCAAGUGGACGGCACAGUCUUUGGAAUGCAGCUGAAGCAUUUCUGUGUGGCCUUUUUGGCCGUUUUGGCUGGAGGUGCUUGCGCCAGUUGCGGACAGAUGGCCCUUCUCAAGAUCAUCGGCGAGCGUAUCAUCACCAAGCUUCGAAGCUCCCUGUACAAGCACACGUACGUGCAGAACGCAGAAUUCUUCGACACUCACCGUGUCGGGGACCUGAUCAGCAGACUGGGCAACGAUACCACCAUGGUCGGCAGAUCGAUUACGGAAAACCUAUCGGAUGGCCUUCGCUCACUCGCGUUUGCUACGACGGGGAUGGGUAUGAUGACCUACAUCAGCUACAAACUCGUCGGAGUCCUGGCUCUCGCCUUCCCGCCACUCGCAGCAGGGGCGUUUCUCUACGGUCGUGCAGUUCGGGACUUGUCGCGUCGCAUUCAAUCAAACCAGGGCACGUUGACCAGAAUCGCUGAGGAGCGGUUGGGUAAUGUACGAACGAGCCAGGCCUUCGCGGGCGAACGCCAAGAGGUCCAUCGAUACAACGAUCAGACGCGCAAGAUCUUCAACCUGGCGAAGCGGGAGGCGGUCAUCUCGGCCACCUUCUUCUCCACCUCGAGCUUCCUUGGGAAUGCGACGUUUCUCGCGUUGCUUUACGUAGGGGACAGCAUGGUCAGGUCUGGGUCCAUCACCGUGGGAGAUCUCACGACCUUCGUCAUGUACACGGGCGUCGCUGGUGGUAGCCUCUUCGGACUAUCAGCCGCGUACUCGGACUUGAUGAAGGGGGUCGGAGCGGCCAGCAGGUUAUUCGAGCUACAGGACCAUCGCCCGAUCAUCAGUCCGACGAAGGGUAUGGCGGUGAAAUCAGCUCGUGGCAUGAUCGAGUUUCACGACGUCCACUUUGCAUACCCGACCCGACCAUCGAUCUUAGUCUUCGAUGGGCUAUCUUUGAGAAUCGCGCCAGGACGCAACGUGGCUAUUGUCGCUCCUUCAGGAGCUGGCAAGUCGACCGUGGCGAGCUUGCUCAUGCGAUUCUACGCGCCCACACGUGGAACCAUCACAAUCAACGGCCAUGACAUCAGCAAGAUGAAUGCCAGGCAGUUGCGGAGAAGGAUCGGUCUGGUCGGGCAAGAGCCAGUCCUGUUUUCGGAGUCGAUCGCCGAGAACGUGGCCUAUGGAAAACCUGAGGCCACGAAGAGCGAGAUCUUGGAAGCCUUGCGCCUGGCGAAUUGUCACUUUGUCCAUGAUUUUCCUAACGGUAUAGACACCCUGGUAGGUGCUCGUGGAGCGCAGCUGUCUGGUGGCCAGAAGCAACGCAUAGCCAUUGCCCGCGCUCUGCUCAAAGACCCGGACAUCCUGAUCCUCGACGAAGCCACUUCCGCGUUAGACGUCGAGUCCGAGACUCUCGUCAAUCGAGCGUUGGAGCCACUUCGCCAAGGUCCGCGUACUAUCAUCACCAUCACGCAUCGUCUGUCCACCAUUUCACGCAGCGACACCAUCAUUUGUCUCGGUGCCGAUGGCAAAGUUGCACAGAUGGGCACAUACCAUCAUUUGAUAGCUGAUAAGGACGGUGUGUUUGCAAAAUUGGUGAAGCAGCAGAUAAGUGGAAGAUAG